UGGAGCAGUGCAACCAGCAGGUGGCGGUAAAACAAGUAAAACAACUCCAGCAUCUGCAGACCUGAAGAGAAGAAGAAAAUGUUUCAGGAAAAGAACGCUAUGGCGUCCGGACAGCAAUGGGUUUUGGUGGAAAUGGUUCAAGCUUUUUAUGAGACCUCCCAGCCACAAAAUUAUAAUCAAUGGAAAAGAGUGCAUUAAUUUUGCUUCGUUCAACUUCCUGGGCCUGCUCGAUAAUGAACGUGUUAAGGAAAAAGCUUUGGCAUCACUGAAAAAAUAUGGUGUUGGCACAUGUGGUCCAAGAGGUUUCUAUGGGACUUUUGAUGUUCAUCUGGAACUGGAAAGUCGUCUGGCCAAGUUCAUGAAAACAGAAGAGGCAAUCAUCUAUUCAUAUGGCUUUGCAACCAUUGCUAGUGCGAUCCCUGCGUACUCCAAGAGGGGGGACAUAAUCUUUGUGGACGAAGCGGCCUGUUUCUCCAUACAAAAAGGUCUUCAAGCUUCUCGUAGCUUCAUCAAAUAUUUCAAACACAACGACAUGGAGGAUCUGGAAAGGCUGCUUAAGGAACAGGAGCUGGAAGACCAGAAGAAUCCCCGUAAAGCUCGAGUAACAAGGAAAUUUAUUGUGGUGGAGGGAUUGUACAUCAACACUGCUGACAUCUGUCCUCUCCCUGAGCUGAUGGAUGACAUUGAUCUUAUCAGUGCCAACAUGGAGAAUGCUGUGGCCUCUAUUGGUGGCUUCUGCUGUGGACGUUCCUUUGUUAUCGACCAUCAGCGUCUGUCAGGACAGGGCUACUGCUUCUCAGCCUCCCUGCCUCCGAUGCUGGCUGCUGCUGCCAUUGAGGCUCUGAACAUAAUGGAGGAGGAUCCAGAUAUUUUCACUGUCCUCAGAGAAAAGUGCAAGCAUGUUUACAAGGCUUUACAGGGAAUUCCAGGUCUGAAAUUAGCAGGAGUCCCAUUUAGCCCGGCUCUUCAUUUACAACUGGAAAGAAGUUCAGGCUCCAGAGUCUCUGACAUGCAGCUGCUCCGCUCCAUCGUAGAUCAUUGUUUGGAAAGAAAUGUGGCUCUGACUCUCGCUCGGUAUCUCGAAAAAGAAGAGCGAUUCCUCCCACCACCAAGUAUCAGAUUGGUGGUCACCAUCAAACAGAAGGAUGAAGACAUCCAGAAGGCCGUGUCUUGUAUCAAAGAAGCAGCUUCAGUUCUACUUAAACAAUAGUGGGGGGUCUGUCACAGCUGAAGGGGAGCAGCCGUCACUGGAGAUUAAGCAGAAGUCCACUGUUUAUGGAGAAGGAAACCUAACAGUCACAACUCAUACCAGAUCCAAAGACUCAGAGGUCUGCACACUGAAUGUGUCACACGAGCUCUAAGACGUCCUCUAAAGUCCCGGUUUUUAUGACUCCGUCACAAUUAUUUCCGUUUUUGUUUGCUUUUGUCUUAAAUUAAUGAACCCAUACUGUCUGUGCUAAAUCCUGAACAUUUUUGUGAAUGUCUGUUUCUUGCCUCAAUCCUCAAUAAAACCUCAAAGAAAAAAUGUUU